AGAAAGGGAAUUUUAUCCAGUACAACUGCGGCAGGACAUAUCAACCUUCUCUUUCUUUUUCUUUGGAGCUCUGAAAAUGGCGCAACCUCAGUAGCCAUCAUCUUCCUUGUCCUUCUUCCUCCGACUUUUGCAACAAAAUGCGCUCAAAGGACAAAAUCGCCUACUUUUACGACGGGGAUGUGGGUAGCGUCUACUUUGGACCGAACCAUCCCAUGAAACCACACCGGCUAUGUAUGACCCAUCAUCUUGUCCUCUCAUAUGACCUCCACAAGAAGAUGGAAAUUUAUCGGCCCCAUAAGGCAUAUCCGGUGGAGCUUGCGCAAUUCCAUUCAGCUGACUAUGUCGAGUUUCUGCAUCGGAUUACGCCCGACACACAGCACUUAUUCUCGAAUGAACUGGCAAGAUAUAACCUUGGAGAAGAUUGCCCUGUAUUUGAUAACUUGUUUGAAUUUUGUCAAAUUUAUGCCGGUGGAACAAUAGACGCUGCACGUAGGUUGAACAAUAAACUUUGUGACAUUGCUAUAAAUUGGGCUGGCGGACUACACCACGCCAAGAAGUGCGAGGCAUCUGGAUUUUGUUACAUCAAUGACUUGGUCUUGGGGAUCUUGGAGCUUCUAAAACAUCAUGCCCGAGUAUUGUACAUUGACAUAGAUGUGCAUCAUGGUGAUGGCGUAGAAGAAGCUUUUUAUUUUACUGAUAGGUACAUAACCUGUAUAUUAUAAUAUGUUUAAGGAAAGUGAUAG